UUCAGUCAGCUCAUGCUGGAUGCUGUGGUGGGGGGGAAUAGGCUGUAGUCUUGCAACUCCUGGGAGUUACCGGCUUGGAGAAGAGAUGCUGUGGAUCACCCUGCUGUUCCUUCUGCAAGAUGUUGAGGUGUCCCCGGCUGACAGCUCCGACUGCAUCAAUAGACGGGAGGACCCGGCUUGCUUGGAGCAUCUCGUGGCCAUGCCUCAAGUAGACGCCAACUGUGAUGGACCUCAGGGCUGCAAGCUCCACUACCUCCUACCUGACGAGCAGCCCACACCUGAGGAACUCAAGGAAGUCCACCAAGAACCCAACCAAGAGUUCAAGCAGACCCUCAAGCAGACUGAAGGAAGCAGCAAGCCCCAGAACCCAAAGUCCAAGAGUGUGGGUGAAAGGCUCAACUCGCUGGAGACCAACGUCCAGUCAGUGACUUCGCUGCUCCAGAAGCUGCAGGAGGAGAGCAAACUCAACCUGAGCAAGAUAGAGGACCGGCUGAAUUCACUGGUGGUCCUUCUCUUAGGGAUAUUGUCUGGGUGCGAGCUGCCCUGCAAUGAAUCCGUCCAGAAGUUGUCCACGUUAGUCUUUGUUGUAGAAGGUCGAAGACUGAAGGCCCUUGAAACAAAAGAAGAACCGCCACUGACUCUGAAGAGUGCAGGAAACGUGGUAUCUCAAGUAGUUGAAUCUUCAGAGCGAUCAGAGAGGCUGUUUCCAAGAGACUGUGCAGAUAUCUACAAACAGGGGAUCAGAGAUAAUGGAAUUUACACUAUCCAGCCCAUUGCAAUGCGACAGCCGUUUGAGGUUUACUGUGACAUGGUGACAGAUGGAGGAGGCUGGACGGUGUUUCAUCGAAGACAGGAUGGCACGGUAGACUUCAACCGUACAUGGCAGGAGUACAAGCAAGGUUUUGGCAGCCUCCAAGCUGAGCAUUGGCUCGGCAAUGAACACCUACACAGCCUAACAAGAUCCGGCCAGCACACCCUUCGCAUAGAGCUAGAGGACUGGUAUGGCGUGAAACGACAUGCGGUCUAUAGAAAAUUCAAAGUCGCCAAUGAACAAAACAAGUACCGGCUCACCGCCAGGGAAUACAGUGGGAAUGCCGGAAAUGCUCUCAGCUACAGCCGCAACUACAACCAUGAUCACAAGCAUUUCACAACGUACGACAGUGACAAUGACAACUAUACAUCAGGAAACUGUGGGUUGUAUUAUGGUUCCGGCUGGUGGUUCGACACCUGCCUGGCAGCCAAUCUAAACGGGAAGUAUCACAAGGGGCGGUACACCGGCGUGACCAGCGGAAUCUACUGGGGCACUUGGUACAUUCUGACAGAUAAGAGGACGAAUCAGAAAUACUCGUUCAAGAAAGCCGAAAUGAAAACGAGGAUAGUGAACUCGACUUGA